ACCGAUGGACCUGUUGAGAGGAAGACGCCAGGUUUGCUCUGUCCCAUUUCCUCCCACGCAGCGGCUCACUCUGAAGGAGGUGUUUGAGGAUGGGAAGCCUAGGCUUGACGUCCUGAAGAGCCACUUGGUGAAGGAAGGGCGCCUGGAAGAGGAUGCUGCGCUGAAGAUCAUCAACGAUGGGGCUGCCAUCCUUAGGCACGAGAAGACAAUGAUUGAAGUGGAGGCUCCGAUCACAGUGUGCGGUGACAUUCAUGGGCAGUUUUUUGACCUGAUGAAGUUGUUUGAAGUUGGAGGAUCACCCAAUAACACCCGCUACCUCUUCCUGGGAGACUACGUGGACAGAGGCUACUUCAGUAUAGAGUGUGUGCUGUAUUUAUGGAGUUUAAAGAUAAAUCAUCCCAAAACGUUGUUCCUCCUUCGAGGGAACCAUGAGUGCAGGCACCUCACAGAAUACUUCACCUUUAAGCAGGAAUGUCGAAUCAAGUAUUCGGAGCGAGUGUAUGAUGCGUGUAUGGAUACAUUUGACUGUCUUCCUCUUGCUGCCCUCUUAAACCAGCAAUUUCUGUGUGUUCAUGGAGGACUGUCUCCAGAAAUCACGUGUCUAGAUGACAUUAGGAAAUUAGACAGGUUUAAGGAGCCUCCGGCCUUUGGUCCAAUGUGUGACCUGCUCUGGUCCGAUCCAUCGGAGGAUUACGGCAAUGAGAAAACACUGGAGCAUUUUGCCCACAACACUGUUCGAGGCUGCUCCUAUUUCUACAGUUAUCCUGCAGUUUGUGAAUUUUUGCAGAACAAUAGUUUGUUAUCUGUAAUCCGAGCUCACGAAGCCCAGGACGCUGGGUACCGAAUGUACAGGAAGAGCCAGACAACAGGCUUUCCAUCAUUAAUCACAAUCUUCUCUGCACCAAAUUACCUAGAUGUCUAUAACAACAAGGCUGCUGUACUGAAAUAUGAAAACAAUGUCAUGAACAUCAGGCAGUUCAACUGUUCCCCUCAUCCGUACUGGCUUCCAAACUUCAUGGAUGUCUUCACAUGGUCUUUGCCUUUCGUAGGGGAAAAGGUCACAGAAAUGCUCGUUAACAUCCUCAACAUAUGCUCCGAUGAUGAGUUGAUUUCAGAUGGUGAUGAGACAUUGGAAGAUCACUACAUUUCAAGCUAUCAGAAAGGUGGGACAACAGUCCGUAAAGAGAUCAUCAGGAACAAGAUUAGAGCCAUUGGGAAGAUGGCGCGUGUCUUCUCGGUUCUUCGAGAGGAGAGCGAGAGCGUGCUGACUCUCAAAGGCCUGACUCCCACAGGUACACUGCCCCUGGGAGUGCUCUCAGGGGGGAGGCAGACCCUACAGACUGCCACAGUAGAAGCGGUAGAGGCACGGGAAGCCAUUCGUGGAUUUUCGCCGCAGCACAAGAUCCGCAGCUUCGAAGAAGCCAGAGGUCUGGAUCGCAUUAACGAACGCAUGCCGCCACGCAAAGAUUCAAUGCACUCAGACGGGCCGGUGAACUUGGUAACCUCAACAAACUCUGCGGACAAGAAUGGCACAGGGAAGAAAGCCCAGUAACGGUCCGAGCGCCCAAUCUGCACCACUAAAGGAUCCAAAACUUAAUGAAUUUUAUUUAUUUAUUAUUGGGGUGGGGUGGGGGCAGGGGAGAAACCAACUUCACCUGGAGGCACGUUCAUAAUCCAGUUUGCAUCCAUUCUGUAAGAAAGGUGACCAUUUUGUAAUUUUUUUAUUUAUGUUCAAUAUAUAAAAAGUCCAUCUUUUUUUAAUUUAGAAACCAAUCUAACUGCUAGUGCAUAUAUGAAGUGUUGUGCUGUACAGCUGACCUCUCCUCCACGAGAGGCAAACCUCUGUGGGGGGAUUAAAAGAAACAAAAACAGUCCCAGGCAACUUGGGUCGUUGACUUUGGUACACUUCUAAGUUAGCCUGUGCUUUCAAAAGCGGGUCCUUUCGCUGAAAAUAGGGUUGGUUUGGUUUUUCUUUUCACAACUGUCUUCUUCCCAGAGUUUGCUGUUGUUUUCUUCGACUUCUUGCCUACCUGCAUCUGCUGCUUUAGCAACCGAUUCUGUGGAAGGCACGUUGCGUGGUGCAACUGGCUGGGAUCCGUCCCUCUUCCAAGGUGACAUCCGAAUGUUCAGGGUUAGCUCUGAAGGACUCCGGGGUGUUACGCCAAUCACAGCACCUUUUCCUUCGGUAAUUCAGUUUUGUUCCAGUGGAGCCCCAAGCGAAAAAGUAACCUCUGAAUCAGAACGGGAAGGCAGGUGGGAGAAGCACUGCCCCUUGUCGCAGCUCUUCCCGAAGCUUCGGCCGUUCGGACUCGGUGCAGCCGGCUGUACGCCGGAGUUUCUCAGCCGGGGCUGUCCGUGCAGCAGAAAUCCCGCUGGGAAUCCCUCUGAUUCAGAGCAGAGGAAUUGUCGCUAGCGAUCAGCAGGUCUUUGGGAAAUCUGCACGGCCUGAAUUUUAAAGGAAAAAGGGGGUGAUUUAUAACCUGUGGACAGAAAGACCCCCCCCGCUACCACCAUCACAUACUGCAGAGCCCGUGGCACGCUCCCCUGCGCCCGGCUCUCGAAUCAGCCCUUGCUGAUCAGUAUUUGAGCGGUGGGCGUGCGAGGUGGUCCCCCCUAAGCCAGCACCGCCUUCCACUCAUCCAGCGUGCGUCUUGGGGGGGGUCUUUCACCUGUUACCUUGUUAUCCAGCGGCUAUUCCUCCGACUCCAAAGGAGCCACGGGCGCAUCAGCCUUUCCUGGCAGCUGGAAGGGGGUUUGCCGGCUUGUGAUAAAGAUUUGGGGAAGGGUGGGUGACGGUGCUGCUCGGUUUUGUAGAGAUGUGGCUUGUUGGCUGACGGCCAGUGGCGAGGCGGCUUUGCUAAAAAGCCCCCGGUUUGGGAAGCGCGUCCCUCGGCUGCAGGGGAGGGAGGAUGGUUUUACAGUAGGUUGGCAGGUAGAAGAACCGAGUGGAUCUGGCAGAAGUUUUGGAAGGGUGUUUGUGCAGUGCUGGAGAGGGAGGGGGAUCUCCUGGUGAAAGGAGGGUUUCCAGAGGACGCCCUCUUUGCAGGGUCAAGGGUUUUGAAGCUUGGAUCUCCUAAGCAGAGCCUCGUUCUUUCGCUUAAACUUUGACCUGAAGCGAGUGUUGAAAGAGGAUUUUGUGAGAUUCCCGUUUGGUCGCUUCCCUUCCCCACAUGUCAUUUGAGCCACGUCCUUUUCUGCCUGCGAUUGCACAGAGUCAAAGCAGCAGCUUCCAGAAGCGAAUCCCUUGCCAGCUUUCACUUCUUUUCCAACUUAACUGUCUAUUGUGCUUUCUCCAAGCAAGGGCAGCAGGUGAGCAGGCUUAGCCUCUAAUAAGGGAUAUUUGCCAACCCCUUCUCUGGAUCUUGCUGUCUUCCCUUUGUGCUCCGGCCCUAAGCUGCGAUUCCAGCGAAAGAGGAAAACAGCAACUUUGCAGGAAGCUUUCAAAUUGUCUUAUAAUUGUACGUCACUUAAUUUCAUGCCAGCUAUUUAGGAAACAGUAUCUGUGAGCAGACCACUGGGUUUUCACAAGAGACUUUUGAGUCGCAUGCCUCCACUUUUUCUUUUUUUUUUUUUCCCCUUUUUUUACACGCCCACUGCUUUGCAAAAAGUGCGAGAUGUUUUGAGCAAGCUUCUCUAACCCCAUAUGAGGCGUGGGGCCAAUUGCCUUUGUGAGUAUUUCUUCUGUUUUUUAACGGCAUCUUUUCUGAAACACAGUGAGCCGAUGUGUGGUAUCUUCCUCUGAGAGCGCAAACCGUGCAAAGGUGCUGCCCGUGCAUGUUCGGGCAUGUUGUUCUGACCCAGGCUGGGAUCUCACCCAAGCAGCAGUUUUAGUCGGGAGCUUUGGGACGGGUGCUGCAGGGGGAUGCUCGUACCCCGAGCCUGGCAGCCCGUGCGUGGGGGUUCAGGAGGGGACCGUCCCUUUCCGGAAGGGGGAUUUGCUUUGCUCGUGGUUUGUCCCCCAACCUUCUCGUCCUCUGGCAUCACCAGCUCCCCCCCAAAACCCGUUUGGCCCUUGUGCUUCAUGGUUUGCCGCCCUUGCAAAGCACGGGGGGGCUGGCGGCAUUGUGAGGAGCUGUGACGCACACGCACCCCCCCACACCCCCCCCAUCCCCGGAGCUGGGUGUUGCCGAAAAUGUCCCUGUGGCUGGCGGGACCGCAGCAUCUCGGCCCAGGAGGGACUGGUGCCUGUCGGGGGAAGGCGGUUAAUGGCUGGAUGUGGGUCCCCCCCCCGGCGGGGAGCCCUGCCCGGGAGCCGUACAGCAGCCGGCACGUAUGGAUGCUAUACUGCCAGGCGAAGCGCAGGCUCCCGUUGCCGCAGCAGCGCUGGUGCCGGACCCCCUUCCCUUGACAGGAGUUCCCGAGGGGGUGAGGAGCAGUGAGGGGGUGAGGAGCAGCGAUGGGGCGCGUGGGUGCUAAUUACCCCCUGGAUUGACUAAUGCUCAUCCGUGUAACCCUCUCCGUGCUGGCAUCCCUGCCCAGCCCGGCCGGCGGCAGGAGCUGCGGGGAAGGAAGGCAGAGCUUUCCCCUGCCCCAGCGCUGAGCUGGGAAACCCCCAUCCCCUCUUCACCAGCUUUUGGGGAAGAGGGUGAUGAAGACCUCGGAGCAGAGGCCGGCAGCAGCCGGCAAGGUCCCUCGCUCACCCCGGCACAGUGCCCUGCCCCGAUCCCCACCACGGCAAAACAAAAAAUGCCAGAAAUACGCAGAUUCCCCCCCUCUUCCUCCUCUUCCCCACCACUCCCCCCCCUGCAAAGCCAGCGCCUCGGAGCUAUGCACGUCUCAAGACCCCUCAUCUCAGAGCUCCCGCCCGCCCCUUUCCCUCCCCGGCUGCCACCCGGAGCUUGGCAAACAGGGCUCCGGGAGCGCAAGCCGAGGAGCAUGACCGGCCCCGGGGACAGCCCAGCCGCCUCCUCCGCCGGCUGGCCUCGUAGCCUGGGUGUUUUUUGCAUGUUAUAGCAAGGUGCAUGUAACAAGGAGGGGAGUCAGCAAUGGGUCGGGUGGUGGGUUGAGUUCAAGCUUUUUUUUUUUUUAUUAUUAUUAUUAUUUUUGGCGUUGGGAGAACCUCUUGCUGCCCGUGCCAGCCCGGGAGCCUGUCGCGGCGCCCGGGCACAGAUCCGACCUAGGUAGGUGCGGUGGCAGGGAUGCGUGGAGGCCGACCGGCCUCUGCCAGGGAGGACCUGAAGCCCCACGGGACACGUGCUGGGUGCAGUGAUGGUGAUUUUAGGGUUCUCGAUGCUGAAGGAUCAUACGCCCGUUGCCUGGAGACUGCCUCCUUUUUUUUUUUUUUUUUCCUUGCUUUUUUUUUUAGUUAUGUUUAAAGGAGAAAAAAAAAAUGGUGAAAAUGUUAUUUAUUGGCAGAAAUUAUUUAAUAUAAUUUCUUUUUUUUUUUUGUGAACAAGGAAUGAAUUUGUUAGAACUGUCUUAAUGUAAAUUGGGAGUCAUCUUUAAGGAAAAAAAAAAAAAGUUAAAAAUUGACACAGUC